AUGGCGGCCUUCGCUUUGAGGCAGGCACGGCUUGCUCGACUCCCGACCUCGCUUUCCGGAGCGGCCGGGAAAGGAAGGAAAUUCUCGAGUUGCGACGUGGCCGUGGUGGGCGGCGGCGUCAUCGGCACGUCUGUGGCGCUGCACCUGGCCGCGCUGGGCAGGAGAGACAUCGUGGUCUUCGAGCCGGAUGCAAAGUACACUUACGCAUCGGCACCCCGUUCUGCCGGCGGCCUGAGACAGCAGUUCUCCCUGCCGGUCAAUGUGGAGCUGUCCCUUUAUGGUGUGGAUUUCCUGAAGCAUGGUCUUCAAAGGCUCUGUGAAGGCAUUGAUGUGGACGCCGAUGUUCAGUUCAAGGAGAAUGGUUACCUCCUCCUUGCUACUCCCGAUGGCGAGGCUGCUCUUCGCGAGAACAACGCCGUGCAACAUUCAGCUGGUGCUGGCUGGAUCAGAUUGCUUGACCCACCCGAGCUGAAAGCCAGGUUUCCCUGGCUCUCGACGGAGGGAGUCGCUCUUGGGUCCUUCGGUGAGCGGAACGAGGGCUACUUCGAUCCCUGGGCACUUCUUCAGGCUAUGCGCAAAGCAGCAAUGGCCAAAGGAGUAAGAUUUGUGGAGACGGCUGUCACUGCGAUGAGGAUGGCACCUGACAAGAGCAUCGCCGCUGUCCAACUAGCUGACGGUAGCGAUGCCACCGCCAAAACGGUGGUCAACGCAGCAGGUGCCUGGGGUGGGAAAGUGGUGGCCAUGUGCGGCGAGGUCACGCCGCUCCCAGUGGUACCACGGAAGCGAUGUAUCUUCCUGUUUCAUGCUGGCGUCGAGGUGGCCAGCGAUGGCUUGCAUCCUCGACCACCGGAGAACACGCCGUUGACGAUCGAUGCCAGUGGGGUGUACUUUCGUUCCGAGGGUUCGCGGAAUCGAUUUCUGUGUGGCGUUAGCCCCAAGCCGGAGGCGGAUCUGGACUGUGACGCAGAUUCUCUCUUGGAUGUUGACUACGAACUUUUCGAGGACGUGAUCUGGCCUGCCCUGGCAGAAAGGGCUCCGGCCUUCGAGGCCAUCAAACUGGAGUCUUCCUGGGCGGGCCUCUACGAAUACAACACCUUGGACCAGAAUGGCGUGGUAGGGUGGCAUCCAGAUGUGCCGAACCUGCUGGUGGCAUGCGGCUUCAGUGGUCACGGACUGCAGCAGGCUCCGGGAGUCGGCAGGGCGGUCGCCGAGCUGCUGUCCUUGGGCCGGUACGACACCAUUGACUUGUCGGUGCUGGGCUACGACCGCAUUUCACGCAAUGAGCCGGUUUUUGAGCGUGGCAUCUACUGA